CCAAGCUGGAGAGACCAAGAGCCCUUCGCUGCCGCACAUCCACCAUCAUCUUUGGCUUCCAGUAAGCUCAUCUUUCUUGUCAGCAUGGGAGAGCCUGAGGCUUCCUCACCUGUCAAUGAGUACUUGGAUUACCACAACCUGACGGAGCUCAUGCACCUGCUCAACCACACCUUCAACCUCUGCGAAUUGGAGCUGAGUGCAAAUGCUAAGCGGGUCUCCCUCUUUGUCCUCUACCUCAUCAUCUUUGUGGUGGGGCUGGUGGAGAACCUCUUGGUCAUCUGGGUCAACUUGCAAACCCGAAGCUACAGGAACCUGGUCAACCUGUACAUCGUCAACAUGGCCGUUGCAGACUUAGGGGUGAUCCUCUCCUUACCCAUCUGGAUGCUGGAAGUGAUGCUGGAUUACACAUGGCUCUGGGGGAGCUUCCUCUGCCGCUUCACCCACUACUUUUACUUUGCCAACAUGUACAGCAGCAUCUUCUUCCUCACGUGCCUCAGCGUCGACCGCUACGUAUCGCUGACAACGUCUUCCCCCUUCUGGCACCGGCACCAGCACCUUGUGCGUCGGGUCACUUGCUGCUGCAUCUGGGCCUUGGCCGCCAUCAUCCCCCUCCCAGAGGUGGCCCACAUGGAGCUGGCCAACGACAUAGAGCCCAUGUGCUUCUUCAUGGCUCCCCUGGAGACCUACAGCGUGUGGACCCUGGUGCUCACUCUCCUCACCCUCUUCAUCGGAUUCCUCAUCCCCUUCUCCAUCAUGGCUACCUUCAACAUCCUGACGGCCCGGCACAUCAAGCGCUGCAACAAGCCCGAGGGCAGGAAGCACUGCAUGCUCAUCUACGCCUACAUCCUGGUCUUCUUGGUCAGCUGGCUGCCUUUCCACCUGGUCCUGCUGUUGCUCACCCUCGAAGGGACCAGCAUCUUCCUCCACUGCUACCUGCUCGACUUCCUCUACUUCUUCUACGACAUCAUAGACUGCUUCACCCUCAUCCACUGUGUGGUGAACCCCAUCCUGUACAACUUCCUGAGUAAGAACUUCCGAGGGAAGCUCAUCUCUGUUGUGGUCAGGUACAUCCCCAAGGACCAAAUGGGCCAAGAGGGCUCCUCCACCGGCACCCAGCACUCGGUCAUCAUCACAAAAAAUGCCUCGCCGAAUUAAGCAGCUUUCCCCGGGUUUCCUUAGUCCAUCGCCCCCAUUCCACCACAAAAGCAAAUUCAGAGCUUUCUCUCCCUGGCCAAGUACACCCCGCUCCCCACAAAAGAGGCUCGUUGCUUUGUCACCAGCGCUUCCUUGGAAUCGAUGGAGAAGUGAACCGUGCGGGGUGACGUAUGGGGGAGGUCACAUGCUGCUGUGUCAGACUUCCUGUGUUAGAAGAACGGAGGGAUGGGUUUCCUAUUAAUCCUCACCCACCACUCCCCACCCCCACCCCUGCCCCAAAUAACUGUGGCAAUGAAUGGCCUGGUUUUG